UAUUUGCUUAGUUUUAUCACUAAUAAAUUCUUAUCAAAAUGUAACUCAAAGUACACGUCAGAUAUUAAAAACAUAAUACAGAUACUUUAUAAAUUGUAUUUUUAUUUUUGGGUUGAGUCGUAUAUGUAUAUGGAUUUUAAUAUUUCCUGCAGGUUGAUUCUUAAAAAGAAAUUAAAAAAAUUUUAAUUUUUUGCGUUUAUUUUUUGAAAGAACGUGGACGUGAACGAGUUUCUUUAUUGAGGACUGAACGUGAACGUGAACAAAUCAAUUUUUUUAGUGAACGUUCCGAACACUGCUUUUUUCAUUAAGUGAACAUGUGUAAUGUUUGUGUUAUUUAUUCCAUAAUAAUACACAGUGACUUUUAAAAAAAAAAUAAAUUGGCGGGCUUGUCGUGAGCAUUCAAUUUCGAUGAUAAAAAUGUUCGUAACAUCAUACCAUAUACCGUCAAGCUUGGCUCUACGAAAUAAAGAAAAUGAAGAGGUUAGCGUCACUUCUAUAGUGUUGUAGUGUGGUAGGCAGCCCAAUCAAAGUCGUUGGCGGGAUUACCAUUUUUUUCCGUUACAUACACACUGUCGAUAGUGUUGAUACCUCUUGUCCAAUCAUCCAAUCAUCGUCUUUCAUUAAGUUGUGGAGAUUGUAUGUAUUUGUUCUAUUAUCUGUUGUUUGUCGUUCGAUGAUUCACUGUUUUCUUUCAUUUACUUGGAUUCCGCCACACGGUUGACUUCUCCAACGCCGUAAACUCAUUUCAGAUAUUUUCAUUGACAAGUCUUCGAUAUGAAUCCCAGCCAAAAAAAAGUCACUAAAAAUGACACAGAUUCUAGUUCUUCUUCUCAAGAACAGGAAAAUUCAAUCGUUACGAGUUGUACAUCAUCAGAUUCUAUGUCUUCUAGAGGACAUACCUCUUUCCCACCAGAAGAAAUGGAUGUCAACCCUGAUGACUCCGAUCAUGAUGAUUCUAAACAUCAGUAUGAAGCAGAAAAAAUUAUAGGAGCUACUGAUGUUGGAGGGUCGUUGAAGUUUUUAGUGAAGUUAAAAGGAAUUGAUGAAGCAGAAUGGAUACCAGCUAUUAAGGCUAAUAAAAAAUUCCCACAAAUCGUUCUCGAGUACUAUUAUUCAUUACCAAUUGACUGGGUUCAAAAAAAAUUAAAUGACAAUGAAUAGUUAUUAUAAUACCAAUAAGGAUGACAAGUGUUCAAAAUGUGACUUUUAUUUGAUUACAUAUCUUAUUAUAAAUGUCUUCAGUUGUUUAUUAUAAUUAUUUCAUUUUAUUAUAUAUUGCAGGUAUGCCUUACAGAUAAAUUUAUUAGUUCAUCAAUUAUUAAAUAUAUAAAUGUUAGUAAUUAAAUACUUUCAUAAAAUGUCAAUUUUUUUUUUCAUUUCAGUGAUACAGUAUAAUUAUAGUGUUCUCUUAAAAGUUGAUUGUAUAUCAGUUUAUGUUAUUAAAUAAUUAUUGGUUUUGAAAAGUUAUUUCUUAAGAGGACACAUCCGUAUAUGUUGUCACUGUCUUACAGAUGUAAAACAUAGCAAAAACUGUAUUGCACGGGAAAGAACCAAACUACAGUAAAAGUUACUAAGAAACAACAUUUUCACUACAUAAAAAAGAAAAAAUAGGCUGUGAAAUAUUGUUAUUAUUUUUAGAUAUCAUGACUAAAAAUAAAAUUAUUGAAAUUAUUGAAAAAUUGGAUUUUGUAACAAUUAGAAAUUAUAUAAGUGAUAUAAAAUAAAUAAAAACGUUAUUUCACAGAUAAUGUUCUCAACUAUGUUAUUUAUCAAUUUGGAGUCUUAACUAUCACUACACUCAAAGUGGUUUUAUCCCGUGCUAAACAGCUUUUACUUUGUUUUACAUAUAUAAGACGGAAACAACACGCGGGUGUAGUGUCCUCUUAAAUGCCAAAACAUGUUAAUUUAAGUUUAUUUAUUUGUUCAAAUGUUGGGUCUAAAUAUUGAAUACUUGUACCUUAUUUUAAUAAUUAAAAGCAUUUUUUCACCGUAUAUUAUCUAUUAUUAUCGACAGAGCUAUAGUACCAUUUAAAAUCAUCUAGUUAUUUUGUUUUUUUUGUAUUAUCAUUAUAAUUGUAAAUGUAUAAAUAGUAUGACCAAACAUGCUGAUUUUCCA